AUGAACCGCUCAAUUCUUCGCGCAGCUACUCGCUCAGCCAAGGCUGCUUCUCCCUCUGUAGCAGGGCGCCGCUAUGCGUCCUCGGCUGUCUUCAAUUGGGAAGAUCCCCUAGCCGCGGCGGAGCUCUUCACGGAGGAUGAGCUUGCGAUCCAAGAUACCGCACGCCAGUACUGCCAGGAUAAGCUUAUGCCCCGAGUCUUAGAGGCCUACCGCAAUGAGGACUACGACCGUCGCAUCCUCGAAGAAAUGGGUGACUUGGGUCUCCUCGGCGCAUCAAUUGAGGGAUACGGUUGUGCCGGUGUCAGCACCGUGGCGUCUGGUCUCAUCACAAAAGAGGUCGAGCGGGUAGACUCGGGAUACCGAUCAGGCAUGUCGGUGCAGAGCUCCCUCGCCAUGACCGGUAUCUACGAGUUUGGCACAGAAGAGCAGAAGCAGCGUUUCCUCCCGGGCCUGGCAAAGGGCACAACCUCUGGCUGCUUCGGACUCACCGAGCCCAACCACGGCUCCGACCCUGGAUCCAUGGAGACCGUGGCUCGCGAACACCCCACACAGAAAGGCAUGUACCUGCUUUCCGGCAGCAAGACCUGGAUCACGAACUCGCCGAUCUCAGAUCUCGCGCUCGUGUGGGCGAAGCUAGAGUCAACGGGCAAGAUCCGGGGAUUCAUCGUUGAGCGUUCGCGCGCCACGCCGGGCUCCUACGAAACCCCGGCUAUCAAGAAUAAGAGUGCCCUGCGGGCUUCCGUCACCGGUAUGAUCCAGAUGGAUAACUGCCCUGUGCCCGCGGAGAACAUGCUGCCCGACGUGGAGGGUCUCAAGGGACCGUUCACGUGCUUGAACAGUGCCCGACUGGGCAUUGCUUUUGGUAGCAUGGGUGCGCUGGAGGACUGCCUUGCCCGUGCGCGCGAGUACGCCCUGGAGCGCAAGCAGUUCAAGGGAAACCCACUUGCCAAGUACCAGCUAAUCCAGAAGAAGCUGACGGAUGCUGCCACGGACGCCGCCUACGGUACCCUGGCUGCGGUCCAGGUGGCUCGGCUUAAGGAUGCCGGCAAGGCGACACCCGAGAUGAUCUCGAUGGUCAAGCGUCAGAACUGCGAUCGUGCCCUGGCCAACUCUCGAGUUCUGCAGGAGGUGUUUGGCGGUAAUGCUGCGAGCGACGAGUACCACAUUGCCCGUCAUGUGGCCAACCUGUUUGUGGUGCAGACCUACGAGGGCCAGAGCGAUAUUCAUGCAUUGAUCCUGGGCCGUGCUAUUACAGGCGUCCAGGCUUUUGUUUAA